AUGGAGGAGCCCUCUAUGCUUCUCUGCAAGGGGUGUACCCCUGGGCCGCGGCUUCUGCUCACAGUUUGCCUUAUAUCCUUCUGGCCCCUGCCCACCACUGCCCAGUAUUCCAGCGAAACAGUGCCAACUCUAGUGGCUGAAGGAGAUAAUGUUCUUAUCCCCGUACAUAAUCUUCCAAAGAAAAUUAAAUCUAUAACCUGGUACAAAGAGAUAAAAAAUGAGACAAAAGCAAUCGCAAUAUAUGAACUGCGCAAGAAUUCAAGUCAACCCGGGCCUGCACACACUGGCAGAGAGACAAUUUUUUACAAUGGAACCCUGCUGUUUGAAAAAGUGAACAUGAAUGACAGAGGAUUUUAUACUCUACGCACCCAUAACAGACGUGGAAAAAUUGUAUCAACAACAAAGAAGUAUCUCAACGUACUCCCUUUCCUUUGGAAGUGUGGGCGCCUUGCUGCCCAUCCCAAGACCACUGUUGAAUUAGUGCCACCCAUCGUUGCUGAAGGGAGAAGUGUCCUUCUACUCAUUCGCAAUACUCCGGAGGCUAUUAUCGGCUAUAUCUGGUUUAAAGGAACGUUUGACUUCAAGAACCUUGUGGCUAUCCAUCAUGUAGGAAAGGGCGAACAAACCCUGUGGGGGCCUGCGUACAGAGGAAGGCACACAGUGAACAGUGAUGGCUCUCUGCUGAUCCAGCAUGUCACUCAGAAAGAUGGUGGCUUUUACAUCCUACGAGUUCUGAGAAGAGAUGGGGACUAUGAAGAUGUACAGGUGCAACUCCCCGUGGGCGCUUCUGCGUUCUGUAACCCACUGACUUCCCAAAUUGCGAUCCAGCCGGUGCCUCCAUAUGCUACUGAAGGGCAACGCGUACUUCUCCAAGUUCAUAAUCUUCCAGAAGAUAUUUUAGCCUUUUACUGGUACAAAGCAAAUUACAGAUCCUCAGGUCUUCAAAUUGUAGAAAACAUCAAAGUCACGAAUUCCAUCACCUGGGGACCUGCACACAGCCAAGGAUGGAUGGUGUACAAUAAUGGAUCCCUGAUGCUCCCGCAUGUCACUGAAGAAGAUGCAGGAGUGUACAUGCUAGAAGUUGUAAACAAAAAUGUCGAAUUUGAAACAGCAUACGUGGAAUUCUAUAUAAAGAAGUAUGUGACACAACCCAUUGUUCAAAUCACUGACAAUACACUCACAGGAGGUACAUCUGUGAUCUUCAUUUGCAUUUCACCCGACACUGAUGUCUCCAUCCGUUGGAUCUUCAAAAAGAAUAAUCUGCAGCUCAAAGAGAGGAUGACUCUCUCCCCCACAAAGUGUGGACUCAGAAUAGAUCCAGUCAUGAGUGAGGAUGCUGGAGAUUAUCAGUGUGAGGUCUCCAACCAAUUCAGUUUGAAGACCAGUCUCCCAGUUUACUGGCCAUGA